AUGAUUCCUAUUUUAUUCUUGGCCACUCUUUGCUUAGGGGUGGUCUCAGCUGCUCCAACCCAUGAUCCCAGUUUGGAUGCUGAGUGGCAUGAAUGGAAGACACAGCAUGGGAAAACAUACGUCAUGGAUGAAGAAGGGCAGAAGAGAGCAGUGUGGGAGAACAACAGGAAAAUGAUCGAGCUGCAUAAUGAGGACUACACUAAGGGGAAGCAUGGCUUCCACUUGGAGAUGAACGCCUUUGGUGACUUGACCAAUACAGAAUUCAGGCAAUUAAUGACUGGCUUUCAAAGCAUGGGAACCACAGAGAUGAACGUAUUCCAGGAGCCUCGGCUGGGUGAUGUCCCCAAGUCUGUGGAUUGGAGAAAGCAUGGCUAUGUGACUCCUGUGAAAGACCAGGGUAGCUGUGUCUCUUGUUGGGCUUUUAGUGCCGUUGGUUCCCUAGAAGGACAAAUGUUCCGAAAGACAGGGAAACUGGUUCCUCUGAGUGAGCAGAACCUAGUGGACUGCUCCAGGUCUCAGCACAACAAUGGCUGUCACGGUGGCUUGUUUACCAGUGCCUUCCAGUAUAUAAAGGAUAAUGGAGGCUUGGACACCAGUGAGUCCUAUCCUUAUGAAGCACAGGAUGGACCCUGCAGGUAUGAUCCUAAGCACUCUGCUGCUAACAUCACAGGCUUUGUGGUAGUCCCGUCAAACGAGGAAGCCCUUAUGAAGGCUGUGGCCACUGUGGGGCCCAUCUCUAUUGGAAUUAGUGUCCGGCUUCGUUCUCUCCUGUUCUAUAAGAGUGGCUUCUAUUAUGACCCAGAUUGUUAUAAUCAUUACCCAAACCACUCUGUCCUGUUGGUCGGCUAUGGUGAAGAAUCAGAUGGUCAGAAAUACUGGCUGGUCAAAAACAGCUGGGGUGAAGAAUGGGGCAUGGAUGGCUACAUAAAGAUAGCCAAAGACCGGAACAACCACUGUUCAAUUGCUACAAUAGCUGCUUACCCAACUGUGUGAGUUGCUAGACAGCAAAAAGGAUGGAGUGGA